ACAGUGGCGUCAGAAACACCGCGGUGGUGAUCGAUCGUCGUAGUCUCAUUUCAUCGACCGUCCGCGAACACCGAGAGCGUGGCGUACCGCAGGUGUUUGUCCAAGCACACGCAGCCACGUACGCGACCGCACACGCAGCGUCCCGUCCCACUGAAACGUGCACCGUCCCUUCGCGCCGUCUCACCGCGCCCAAUAUGUUGCCCGUGACCGUCAUACUGUCGCUGUGGUCGGCGUUCGCGCUUGGCCGGCACGCGCCCGUAGCGGCCGCGACCGCGUCGGACGACGAGUGCGUGCUUGACCUGGCCAUAGUGUGCCUGGACGAUAAGCUGCUGGUGUACGUCAACUGGCUGGAGAAGCGCGACAAGCUGAACGUGGUUGGCAACAUCGUGACCAUCGUCAAGAAGCAGGUGGGCCGCGCCGAGGACAGGUCCAAACUGCACAACAACAGCGCGAACAGCAACAAGAAGCAGCGGGUCAGUACGUCCCUGGGACCGGCCAUCGACGAGUACUUCGACACGCACACGCUGAGGAUAUCGCUGCCGUGGAUCCUGGACGACGACAUCGAUCUGGAACUCGACCAACAAGGCCGGGGCAAGAAAUCCAAGUUGAAACAUCUGAAAAAAAUGAUGUCUAUGCUGGGCGUGAUUAUGUGCGCGAAGCUGUCGUUGAUGGGACCGCUGACCAUGUUGAUGAUCGGAGCCAAAGCGCUCAAGGCCUUGAUACUGGCCGUCAUCUCGCUCACCAUAUCCAAGCUCAUGAUGCUCAAGAAGUUCAAAGGCGGCGGCGGGGGCGGCAGUGGUUCCUUGGUCCAGGCGGAUUGGUCAUCGGACAAGGACGAUCGGAACGCGCAUCUAUUAGCGUACGCGGGUCAGUCGGCCGCGGCCGCAGCGACCGCGGGCUCGGUCAUGUCUCCGUCCUCGCAGCAGCCGCAACAGAUGUACCCGUCGUACGAAUCUCACGGUUAUCACGGGGCCGCCUGACCGACAUCACCGGUCCGCCACCCUCAACAACCCAUCCCUCACCAUCCGUAAUCACCUCGAACCGUCAUCCACAUCCCCGCAACACAUCCUCCGACGACGGCGCCAGGGAUAUCGGGGCGUCCGUUGCGACGAGCGUAUUCGGCGAACCGGUUUACCUACACUUAUGGCCUCGAACUGUUUAUCAUUCAUCACCACGACUGUUCGUAACGCUAUACUUACCGCUCUCCUCGGAACGCUUUUUGUCUUUAAAAAUAUUAUCGAAUCGUUUGCGCAUUAAAAUUGUACCGAAUCUGCUCCUGCACCCGAUCGUAUAGGUCUCUCCUCGCACACGUCACUAUCAAAGUCUUUGACUUUUCUCUUGUAACUUGACCUAACCUUGGACGGACUUUUAGACUUUUCCCCCCAUCCCUGGCUUCGCCAUUCGUGCGCCUUCGGUAGAUCGUAAAAGCGUGUCAACGCUCGUUUGACUGGAGAAACCCGCGUGAUGUUAUCGUAUUAUUAGUUCGUGUAUUGAAAACUGUUUUACCGCCUUCCGAACGAGCGUAGACAACUCUUCGUGGAGAUGUGAACGUUUGACGGUAUUGGGUAUUGCGCAAUUAAAACAAAUUGUUAAAAAAAAAAAAUUAAAAAAAAAAAACACUAAACAAAUAAAUAAACUUCUAAAAAUUUGUUUUCGGUUGAGCAAGUCCACACCACUUCUGAACCGUAUUGAAAAUACGUUGUUUACCGCGUACACAACCAACCGAAUCUUACCGAUAACGUUGCGAGAUCUCCGUCGACACCAGGUCGAUCUCCUGUCCGCGCGUCGUCUUUGAACAUGGUACGCAGGACACGUUCGUCGGUAGACGGCUUUUGAAGCCGUGCGAUAAUCGAAAGUGACCGUAAUGCUUAUGGUGCGCGAUGUUUAUCGCGGUAACGUCCGUCGGGACAACAUAUCGGGUGUGGCACACUGCACUUUGUAAAGGUUACGCAUUGUUUUCAAAACGAUCGAGUUGAUCGGAACCUUGCGCGCCGAUCAAUUGGUAUGAUUUUUUCACAAACAAUUUAAAAAGAACAAAAAAAUUCUAGAAAGACGGAAUAUAAAAUUGUUCGGAGCAAAUAAAACAAUGUUUUAUUUCGAUCCAUUCGGUCGUUUUGAAUAACGCGUAAUGUAUAAUAUUAAAUGUAUCGUUUUAAUAUAUUACAAAACGUUGAGGACCGUCGGUUAACCUGACGACUUAUUAUUUACUUAUUUAUUUUUUCACUCACUAUUUAUUUUCUCAGUUAUAAACAAAAAAAUUAAU